AUGCCUUCCCAUCAUGAUGCUCCCCAUCACCGGCGUGGCUCGCACUCCAAUCGCAGGAGACAUGUCAUACCCUUCGGCCAUCCCUACGCUUGUACUCCGGCUCUCAAUGCCAUCUUUAAGCAUAACCCAACACCUUCGCAUUCCCAAGUCACCACAAUCAUGCAGCAGACUGGUCUCAAGCGGAAACAAAUUACCAGUUGGUUUUGGCGUAAACGCAAGGAAUCGAUCGACCAGGAGCAGGAUGACUUGAGACACGUCCAGUUUCCCAAGCGAUCGAGCUCUCAAUCUCUUUCCGACCAAGCCGCCGCCUCCCGCUCCGGGUCUUCUGCCCCUCAAAUCCGCUCCGGCAGCGGCAGAGAUCAGGAACAAGACGAAGAGUAUCGUCCACCAAGCUAUGUUAAGAUCAAACCAAGAUCACACCAUAGAUCUACCGAUCUCAAUCCCAGACCUUCCGGUCAUCCCGGCAGAGCUAAGCUUACCACGACUGUUGACCGUGGGGUUAGAACUCAUUUACCCUCCGACAAGCAGAACUUAAUCAGUCCCAGCGUAUCUUCAAAGUCCAAACCCCCCUUGUCAUAUUCCUCCUCCUCUACAUCUCCUCCACAAAGAUCACCUAUCUUGAUCCGCUGUAGGCUUCGACCUCUGUCUCAGCGCAUGUUAAACGAAACAGUUGAGCGGCAGCCAGAUGAGAGUAACGGGUCCAAUAAGAGUGAAUUCUUGGGUGGCUGCCCGGAAGUUCUCGAAGCUAGCACUUACGAUUCAUCAAGUAUCAAAUCCAACGCCGCACAACAGAUAAAGGAUUCUUCUCGCCACUCUAGUUUAGUGACGAAGCAAUCUAGCCCUGGAACUUCCAUUCCCCCAACUGUUUCCUCAAAGCAAAACCCGAAUGAUGAAGUUCUCUGCGAUCUUGAUGGGCCAUCUCCUCAUCACUUACCGACAAAUUCUCAUGCAUCAAUGGAAGAAAUGAGACAUCAUCUUGCUCCAUCUUCAACCGCUUCCCCAAAACAGAAGCAGGGUGAUAUCUUUGUCACCAACAUCAAUGAGUCCCCGGAUACCCUUCCGACAAAUACUCCGCAUACUAGCCGUUGCGAUAUAUAUCGACGUCAGUUGGGUUCAGGAAAUAUCCCUCAAGAGUAUUCGGUCUCACUAUCCCGGCGGAUGGUUGCUGGAAAAUCGAGUUGGCUAAGACCAGAACGCCGGUUCAGCUAUUCGGGAAACGGUCAGAUGGAUUCGAUUUCCAGGAACACCUCAAAUACGUUUCGAGACUCAUCAUCCAACCCCAUAGAUUCAAGCACUUCAACUCCAACGGAAGCUGGCCACGGGAUUUGCUUCCGUGUGUCUCAAGAGGAUCUUGCCCCCGGGUCGGCUUCAAACGCCAGCACAAAUUCUCUGGGUCAUGAGGUUCAUCGAUGGUCAGAACUUAGUGACGUUGACGGGGCGAGUCGCUACUCGAGUGAAUCGAUCGAAUCCAGAGCAAGCCUUUGUAACAACGUUGCCAUCGAAGACUACUCGGCGCUUCUUAAUACGUCUUCGGAUCAGGUCAUGUGUGAAUCUUCCGCCAUGAGAGAGUCGGAGCCAGCGGAAGAAAUGAUGGAAUUUCGAGACAACCCUGGUCAGAAAAGCUUAUCACUCGGGACACGAUCUAUCUCACAUCCUUACUAUCCGCUGGAGCACUCAAACGAAAUCACAACGGCUUUUCCAGAACAGCAGGAACUCUCAUUUACUUCGAGUGCGUGUAUCCUGAACCAAGACACGCCGGUUGAAGAAGAUCCAAGGCUAUUCAUGGUUGAGGGAAAUCAUCCAGAAUUUUUCGACCUGCUAGAUUGGAAUCCUCUUGGAAGCUUUCCAAAUGGCGCCUCCUGA